AUGAAUCUGUCUACGUUCCUGUCAGUGACUGGGCUCUGCCUGUUGCUCAGCUGGUGUGAUGGCUUAGCCACAGAAAGCCCUGGUCGACCUUUCAUCCUAGAAGCUGUUGAGGAGGCCAAGAAGAUUGUGAAUGAGGCCUACAAGUAUUCACGUGAAGAGAGUCUGAGCAGAGUGCGCAGAGAGAGCAUCCGCCCCUCGGAUAUUUUGCGACUGAUGAAGCAGCCAGCGCGGGAUACCCGCAACGCAGUGCGGGCCGCCGACACCAUGGACAUCGCCCUCGAGCUCAUCCACCAGAAGGCCCAUCACAUCCACAAGAGAUCGAUCAACGCCACAGACCUGAUCUCAGAGGAGGAACGGCAGCUCAUUGAGCGUCUCACAGGCUGUGCUAGCCGUGUCCUAACCCCAUCCUGCAGGACAACACCCUUAAUCAACAAGUACCGCACCGCCACCAGUGUCUGCAACAACAAGAAAAACCCAAGACUUGGAGCCUCAAACACACCUUUCGCCAGAUGGCUGCCGGCCGAGUAUGAAGAUGGCAUUUCUCAACCAAAAGGGUGGGACCGGAAUAGAAAGUACAACAAUUUCCUGCUCCCUCUGGUGAGAGAGGUGUCCAACCGCAUCCUGAGCACCACUGACAAUGGCGUUGUGAGCGACCGGGAGUUGUCCUACCUGACGACGAUCUUCGGUCAGUGGAACGACCACGACCUGACAUUCACGCCGACCUCCCCCAGCAUACGCUCCUUCAGCAGUGGCCUGAACUGUGACGCCAGCUGCGAGCAGUCCAAUCCCUGUUUCCCCAUACCGGUCCCUACAGGAGAUCCCCGGCUGUCUCAAGGCGCUUGCAUCCCAGUGUUCCGCUCAGCUCCGACCUGCGGCUCUGGGAAUACUGCCUUCAUGUUUGGCGGGCAAGCCACCAUACGGGAACAGAUCAACUCGCUGACAGCCUUUGUGGACUCGGGCCAGGUGUACGGCUCAGAGGACAUCCAGGCACGCGACCUGCGCGACCUCACCAACGACGGAGGACUAAUGCGCGUCAACCAGAAGUUCCGUGACCCCUCGGGCAACCGGGAGCUGCUGCCAUUCUCGAGUAUGGAGGAAAACAGGUGCGCUACGCGCCGACCUAUCACCAAUGACACCACUGCAGAGGAAAUCCCUUGUUUUGUGGCAGGUGAUGCUCGUGUUGAUGAGAACAUUGGCCUGACGUCUAUUCACACUCUGUUCUUGCGGGAGCACAAUCGGCUGGCUCGGGCUCUGCGGCAGCUCAACCCACACUGGAGCAGCGAGACCCUCUACCAGGAGGCCCGCAAGAUCCUGGGUGCUUACCAUCAGAUCAUUGUGUACCGUGACUACCUCGAGCACAUCAUUGGCCCAGAGGUGCAGAACAGAUACCUGGGCUCUUACUCGGGCUACAACGACAGUGUGGACCCCAGUAUCUCCAACGUGUUUGCCACGGCUGCCUACCGCUUUGCCCACAACACCAUCCAGCCGCUGAUGUUUCGUCUGGAUGAGAACUACAAUGAUCACCCCCAGUUUCCCAGCGUACCCCUCUUCAAAGCUUUCUCUACCCCAUGGAGGCUGGUCUUUGAAGGUGGCGUUGACCCUCUGAUCCGGGGCCUGGUCGGACGACCGGCUAAGCUGAACACCCAGGACCACAUGAUGGUGGACGCCCUUCGGGAGAAGCUCUUCAAGUUCACAGCUCACCUGGCAUUGGAUCUUGGCUCCCUUAACCUCCAGCGAGGCAGAGAUCAUGCCUUACCAGGGUAUAACGCAUGGCGGCAGAACUGUGGUCUCUCUACGCCCAAGACAGAGGCACAACUGGCUCAGGUCUUAGGGAACGAGAUCCUGGCCCGUGAGCUCCUGAAGCUGUACGGAUCCCCUGACAACAUUGAUGUUUGGCUUGGCGGUGUUGCGGAGCCUUUUGUCCCUGGUGGCCGCGUGGGACCCCUCUUUGCCUGUCUCAUCGCCACCCAAUUCCAAAAGAUCCGUAAUGGGGACAGGCUGUGGUGGGAGAAUCAUGGGGUGUUCACAAGGGCACAGAAGACCUCACUGGCCUCGGUCUCCUUGACUCGCAUCAUCUGUGACAACACUGGCGUUAGAGAUGUUCCCAGCAACCCCUUCCUCUUCACAGCCCGCGGCUCUGGCUACACCAAAUGUGAUGACAUCUCUCCAUUUGAUCUCCGUCCAUGGCUAGAGACAGAUCCGGACACUGAGCCUAUCCCAGGACCACCAGGACCACGCGGACCUGCUGGGCAACAAGGUCCCGCAGGGCCCCAGGGUCUAAUGGGUCCCCCCGGGCCCCCCGGCAGUGGCAGCCAACAACCUCGCUCUGCUUUCUCCGUCACCCUCGGAGGCUCCAUCCCCUCAAACAGCAACGUCCUCCGCUUUACCCGCGUCACCUACAACGGCCAGGGCCACUACAGCACACAGACCGGCAGGUUCACCUGCCGGGUGCCAGGCGUCUACCAGUUUGAGAUCUUCUGCACGGCGUUCCAGAACGUGGGCAGCAUUCAGCUGAAGCGAAACGGGGCGGUGGUGUUGACCGCCUUCUCGUCCUACGUGGACGGCCGAAUCAACUUUACCGGGGACACGGUGGUGCAGCUGGGGCUGGGGGAUCAGGUGUGGCUGGAGGCCAGUCAAGGGGGGUCCGGACUUCUCUCAGAGAGUCGCUUUACUGGACACAUCCUCUUCACAGUCUAAGGGCAAGAGAGGACAGUGUACAUAUUUUCAUUCGCUGCACUGGCAUGUAGAUAGAUAGCUUGUUACUGUUUUUAAACUUGAUCUUUGCUCCGAUCUCGUAUUUGCAUUCGCACUUCAUGUAGACCCUUUUACUGUUUAUGACAGUGAUGGAUAGCGUGCACAGCAUGGUGCCAGAAGUCAGUUACACUACAGGGAUUAACCGUACAAGAUUACCAAACUACCUGAUCAUGCAACAACCGGACAUGUUGAUGCUAGUUACACUUCUAAAUCAGCGUUAAAAACUGUGUAGUUUCCUCUUAUGUCCUCUUCCUCCUCUGAAUCGGUCUGAACAGAGCCUAUUCACGGAGAGCCUGUUUACUCCCUACUGACUGCCAUUCUAUCGAAACUGGUUGCUGUUCACCCAUAUUUUGUGGUUGUGAGUAAGCCCCAAAUGACUGGGAGUCUAUGGACAAGAAGGCUAAAUUCUAGAUUUUUUUACUUGCUUAUCAUCAAAAAACGUCACAUUUUAUUGUAGUUUCCACAACUAUAAUAUGAGUUAUACAUCAAAAGUGAAACAAACAAAUGUCCUUUCAAUAUUUUACAGGGUGGGCUGGUAGCCAAGUCUGAAUGAUUGGGGUAGCACAUCAGUUUCAGCACCAUACAUGCGCAAAAAGAUUUACAACGUUUAAGCAGUAAAAGGGUCAAUACAGCAUUAUAUUGGCUAUUCCCACAGGCACACAUAGCUGGCCAUUUCUGCUUGUAAUCUAUAGGCAUUGCUAUAUUAGUCUAGAUAUUAUUUAGAUUUUUUAUUUUUUUUUUUUAAUUAUGUUUGCAAACACAUGAAGCAGAUACAUGGCAGAAUCAUGAAUUCUAUUAAGAAUUUCGGAAUUGAUUCUAAUAGCUUACAAGUGCGGAAUAUUUUUUAUGUUUUGCUGAGUAUGUAUUGUUUACACUGGAAAUAAUUGUAACACAAGCUGUGAAAUCCCAACAUAUGCACUGAAUUGUAUACUGAGUACUUAGACUGUUUUUUGAAAUAAGACUCAAAACAACAGAGAAUAAAGAACUCAAAAUGAACUUCAGAAUAAUUCCAUCAAGUAACAGUAUGUUACAUUACUCUAGCUCUUUGCUUGUUAUUCUGAAGCCAAAUGUAUACUACUUUAUGACAU